AUGAGCCUCUGUGGCAGGAAGGCGCUGACUUUGCUGAGCAGCGUGUUCGCUGUUUGCGCCCUGGGCCUGCUGGGGAUCGCCGUGAGCACCGACUACUGGCUCUACCUGGAGGAGGGCGUCAUCCUUCCCCUCAACCAGAGCACCGAGGUACGCAUGUCCCUCCACUCUGGCCUCUGGAGGGUUUGCUUCUUGGCUGGGGAGGAGAAAGGCCGGUGUUUUACCAUCGAGUAUGUGAUGCCCACUAACCUCCAGCUGACCUCUGAGUCCACUGUCAGUGUCCUUAAGAUGAUCCGUUCUGCCACACCCUUCCCUCUGGUCAGCCUCUUCUUCAUGUUCAUUGGCUUUGUGCUCAGUAACAUCGGACACAUCCGACCCCAUCGCACCAUCCUGGCCUUUGUUUCUGGAAUUUUCUUCAUCCUGUCAGGUCUCUCUCUGGUGGUCGGUCUGGUGUUGUACAUCUCCAACAUUAAUGACGAAAUGUUGAACAGAACCAAAACUAACGAGGCCUACUUCAGCUACAUGUACGGCUGGUCAUUUGCCUUCGCUGCCAUCUCCUUCCUGCUCACUGAGACUGCAGGUGUCAUGUCGGUGUACCUGUUCAUGAAGCGCUACACAGCAGAGGAGAGGUACCGGCCCCAUCAGGGCUUCUACCAGCCUCGUCUCAGCAACUGCUCAGAUUACUCCGGCCAGUACCUCCAUCCGGACGCCUGGGCCGGACGGGGUCGCAGUGCAUCCGCCAUCUCCUCUGAGGCCUCCCUCCAGAUGAACUCCUGCAACUACCCGGCUCUCCUCAAGUGUCCAGAGUACGAACAAAUGUCCUCCUCCCCGUGCUGAGGCAGAGGUGUUUGAGUGGUUGUGUUAGCACCGUAGGGGUCAUAGUCAUCUAUCUGGAUUUUGGAGUAAAAUGGUCAGAUAAUUUGAUAUUAUCCAGCUUGAAUCGCUCCCUUCUUCAAGUGUCCUGACUAUGACCUGAUUCUCUCUACCCUCCCUACUGCCGGGUUGUUUUUUCAUAAUUCACACUUUCUGCUUCAGUUUGAAGCCAAACUUAAGUUGAUGGUUAGCCAGUUCACUUUAUUCUCAGCUCAGUCUUGUGUUGGGGGAGAGAGGAAAGGGUUUAACCAGGUUUUACUCUUUGUCUAGUUUGUAGUGAUAGGUGACUACCAACCUGUGGAAAUAGCAAGAGUGGCAUGAAGUUAUUUGAAAGGAGUAACUUGUCCAGCCUCAACCUGGAGUGAGCAAGUCUAAUAUUCGCUUCUAAUAUUUUUGACAAGCGUACACGUCACACAACUGCAGAAAAGGAGCAUUUAGAACUGGAAAGCACCUUCGUGCAAUGGAUGCUGAGUCUGCACAUUUUCAAAAUCAAACAAUACAGCAUGUGCUUUCAGCCAGAGAGCGGAAACUCCUCGGCGGUGGGACAAUAUGCUUGGAAUGAUACAUC